AUGGUGCUGGUUUUUUUUGUCAGUAUCUCCAGUACCUUUGGAGAAGACGUUGCCGAUAGCUAUGCUACAACUGAAGAUUACGAAGAUGGUUUCAUCAUCACCGAAAACUAUACUGAAGACGUGAACCAAAAUGUAACGGAUUCUAGCGGAAGGCCAGUUGAAACAACCCACACAUUUGACUAUGAAGAUGAUAACCAAGCCGAAGGCCUGGUGGCGACUGAUAACUGUUUAAUGGCUACACUCGAGUCUCGUCACAAGACUGCGAGUGUUGAUCUCCAGAUCUUCUUCUACAGCGUCGAGAAUGGGAGAGUCUUCGACAGUGUGGGGUAUCCCGACCAGGGCUUGUCUUUGAAGUCGGUGUCUAUCCUGUGUUUGAAGUCGAUGUUUAUCAAACCAGCGCUUGACAGUUCAGAUGGUAGUGGUGGCCUCGCCCAAUCUGCUGUUGAUGUUGCGGGCCGCUACCGUUGCUCCGAUGCCGCGACGCCAUUCAUAGAAGAUGACAGCUCAAAGUUGCUCUUCUGUAAUUGA